AUGGAAGGAACACCGAAAUCCUCUGCCCAAGAUGACCCUGACCCUUACCCCGACCCUUUCCCUGCAGCCCCCGAAAGCCAAGAUGGAAGCGCUCCGUCAACCGACACCCCUCCAAGCCCGCAGACAGCCGAGGCCAUCGCGGCCGUGAAGAAGGAAAAGGCCCGUGUGCGGUUCAACAGCACAGCCGCAGCGAACAAGCCGCCGACGAUCAUCGUUCCCACAAGCUCAACCCUCCAGGAGCCGGAGCCGCGGGAAGUGCCUGUAAUAAGACCACCAAGGCCUUCCAUCCUUCGCGGUAGCUCAUACACUUCCAACACUAGCGGGCAGGACCACGACGACGAAUCGAUGGACGAGAGGAGCGAGGAGGCCAUCCAGGCCGCGCUGGCGCAGGCUCGCGCGAAUCGGGUGGCGGAGAAGGUCCGGAGAGACUCGCUUACACCAUCCUCCCGCACCUCGCUGGAGUCUCGUCCCGGAACGGCGAUGACUGACAGUUCCGGGCCCCUUCUCUAUGAGAAUAUCCCCCUCCAGAACCUAACGCAAUCCCAGGGAACAAGCGAAGGAGGGGACAGCCAGACCGCCGUGGGGGCGGACGAGGCGCAUGAACAGCUGCAGCGCGAGGCCUUCAACCUCGUUCGAGCGCAUACCCAGGUGAUCCGAGGGCGGGCGACGGAUGAACCAGCGGGUGAGUCUGCCGUGGUUGAUAGCACCACCAUCAUCCCAAGCGAGGUCCACGAUGGGUCUUACGACGGCGUGUAUAACGUGCCGGUGCCUCAGCACUACCGUGGCAGCGUCCUGUCCCAGCUCCUAAAGCUCUACAAGCCGGCCGAGGCGAGCGGCAUGAGCUCGCACAAGCGCCAUUCCAGCACAGGAACCGGGGGAUCCAACUCGGGAGCAACGACGCCCACGCGCAGGAAGUGGUACGAACAGAACCGCUCCCAGGAUACUCUGGCCAACCUGAUUGAAGCCUCGACACGCCUCGCCAACCCCAACCUGCCGUCAACGCCUCAAUCUCCCAAGCUAGGGGCCUUCGACAAGAAACGGCACAAGCGAAACGGCAGCAGCUCGAGGCUGAGCCAGUACUGGCAGAAGGAGGAGGCGCGCAUCACGGUGCACAUCGCCGAGACUCUCGCCCGGCAGGACUACAUCGUCAAGCUCUGCCGCGCCCUGAUGCUCUUCGGGGCGCCGACGCACCGCCUCGAGGAGUACCUGAGCAUGACUGCGCGCGUGCUCGAAAUUGACGGCCAGUUCCUGUACCUCCCGGGCUGCAUGAUCAUCUCCUUCGACGACAAGUCAACCCACACCACGGAAGUGCGCAUCGUCCGCACGGCGCAGGGCAUCGACCUGGGGAAGCUCAAGGACGUCCACCAGAUCUACAAGGAGGUGAUGCACGACGUGAUCGGUGUCGAGGAGGGCACCAAGAGGCUCGAGGAGCGCAUCAAUGCCAAGGACAAGUUCCCUGCCUGGUUCCGUGUGUUGGUCUUUGGCUUCACGAGCGCCGUUGCGGCGCCCUUCUCUUUCAAGGCGCGCUUUAUCGACCUACCUCUAUGUUUCUUCUUUGGCUGCCUCGUCGGGCUGCUGCAGCUUAUCGUGGCGCCCAAGUCCAACCUCUACAACAAUGUGUUUGAAGUCAGUGCGACUGUUCUGGUCAGUUUCUUGGCCAGAGCUUUCGGUAGUAUCAAGAAUGGGGAGCUGUUUUGCUUCUCGUCUCUUGCUCAGGGAGGAAUCGUAAUGCUUCUGCCAGGAUAUGCAGUCUUGUGUUCAUCACUCGAGCUACAGUCUCGCGCACUCGUCCCUGGGUCAAUUCGCAUCGUCUACGCAAUCAUCUACUCUCUGCUGCUGGGAUUCGGCAUCACGGUCGGCGCCGCCCUCUAUGGUCUCUUCGACAGCAACGCGACCUCCGCGACGACAUGUACAGAUCCAAUGGAUUCGUACCUCACGUUUGUGUUUGUGCCGUUAUUCGUCGUCUGUAUAUGUAUCCUCUACCAAGCCAAAUGGCGCCAGAUGCCAAUCACAAUUAUCAUCUCGUUCGCAGGGUACAUUGUCAAUUACUUCAGCAGCAUCAGGUUCGCGGCGAGCCCCCAGGUGUCCAGCACCCUCGGCGCGUUCGCGGUCGGCGUCUUGGCCAAUCUAUAUUCUCGAAUCCGACACGGCGUGGCCGCCGCCAUCCUCAUUCCUGCAGUGUUCUGCCAGGUGCCGGGAGGUCUGGCAUCAACGGGAGGCUUGUUGAGCGGGUUGAAGACAGCCAACAUGCUGACCAACUCGUCCCAAACGGUGAAUUCGACCAGCUCGGUGCAGAUAUCGGAUGGGCAGUCGCUCAAUACGGUGUCGUUCGACGUCGCGGCGUCUAUGAUUCAGAUCGCAAUCGGCAUCGCGGUUGGCUUGUUUAUCAGCGCGCUCGUCAUAUAUCCGUUCGGGAAGCGUCGCAGUGGUUUAUUCAGUUUCUAA